AUGCCUCCACGUACUUUCGACACACUCGUGCAGUUUGUCGGACCCCACAUUCGGAAGAAAGACACUAAUUUCCGGAAAGCAAUCAGCCCCGAGCACCGGCUUGCGCAAACUGUCAGGUUCUUGGCUGCAGGGGAAACUCUCCGCUCAUCUUGUUUCAGUUUCCUAAAUGGACGCUCGACAGCAUGUGGCAUUGUGUCGUCGGUGUGCCAGGUGCUGUGGGACGUCCUUGGACCUUUAUAUGUUGCCUGUCCAUCAAGUGCAGAUGAGUGGCUACAGAUUGCAAGCGAAUUCGAGGAACGGUGGAACAUGCCCCACUGUGUGGGCGCAAUCGAUGGAAAACAUGUUGCCAUCGAAUGCCCCUCAAAAUCAGGAAGUGAGGACUACAACUACAAAAACUGUUUCAGUAAAUCACUGCUUGCUAUCAGCGACGCCUGCUACAGGUACAUGCUCAUAAUCGAUGCAUUACUGGUGCUAACAUUAAUCAUGGUCAGCAGCAUGCAGUACAAUUAUGUUCAGUCUGAGGUACUAAUUAACAGUCUUCACCCAUUUUUGGCUGCUAGCACGGAGGAGGAGCAGUUACAUCGUGACCAAGGCGAUUCUGCAUUGACGAGCCACUUCGCUGAGCCCCACAGCAAAAGGAUAUUUAACUACCGUCUGAGCAGAGCCCGUCGGGUCAUAGAGAAUGCCUUCGGCAUAAUGGCACAAAAGUGGCGCAUCCUGCGCCGCCAGUUCAAAGCUAAUGAUGACAACGUGAGAAGAAGUAUCUCUGCUUGUGUCGUUCUGCACAACUUCCUGCUCAAGGAGUCCCCCACUUCCCGGUCUGCAUACUGCCCUCCUGGAACAGCUGACCACCUAGACUGGCAAGGAAACAUCACUGAAGGCAUCACUGAACACUGCACAUCACUGAAAACAUCACUGAACACUGCACUGCCACCACUGCGUAGCACAGGCUGUCACUCAACCAGAGCGGCCUACAGAGUGCGAGACCUCCUUGCCAAGUACUUCGUCACUGAUGGCAAGAUCCCUUGGCAAGAGUACAUGAUCAAGGACAGAACACUGUGCAGUGGUGAGUAA